UUCAAACUAUGUCUGUGAUUCCAAGUAGUUCUCCCUGGGUUUGGAGAUUGUUGCCCUGGGUCCGACCUGAGCUGUUCAAGUGACACCGCCGAGCGAAGAGCCAAGCCAGCCAAAAGCGAAGAGGCCGCGUCGAUCGGCGAAGAGCAAAGGCAAGAUGGUGGACUUGCUGCCCGCCGGCGUGAUCAGCCACGGCUUGUAUGGUGGGUCCAAGUGGGUGCAGAACCAGCCCACAGGCCAUGCCAACUGCUGGGGUGUCCUUCGCCCUGGCGCGCCCUUAAACUUCAGCUACGUGUCAGCGAUGGUGGGUGCCGGCUACAUUGCCUGUGAAGGGCAUCGAGUGUGUGGAGCCACCAUGACCAACGACGGCUUCGGGCGCUGGUCGGUGCCCUCGGCCAGGGAUUUGGCCGAUGUCUUCAACAUGAUCAUGGCCAGCUCCCAGAGCCAGCUGCAGUACUUCGACAUGACCGUGGAGCGGAUCUUCGAACGCAUGAACCUCCUCCAGUCCGAGCUUCGUCGCUCCGGCGCGCCGUGCACCGCAGCCGCGCAGGCUGCGACGCCUGCGGCGUGUGCCGUUUCGGGCGCGGGGGCACAGCAACUGCCGGUAGUGCCGGGUGCAGUGGUGCAGGGGCAGGUCAUUGAGGAAGGACAGUGGCAGCCAGUCUCCGCGACCGCGCCGCUCCGCCCCAGCAGCGCGCGGCCGGGGAUGGCCGGGGCUGGGAUGGGUUCCUGGGAGCCUUUGAACGUCAUGCCUCACGCAGCAGCUCCCGCCCCUCACGCAGCGCACGUCCCCACACCGCCACAAACUGCGCGCGUGGGUGCACCACGUCCAGGUUCAAGACCUCCCGACGCCCGCAUGGCAUCAGCAAUGCCCGCGCGGCCAGCGGGUGGAGGUACCCCAGGUGCCCGGGAUGUGGCCGACCUGGCAGCGGAGCUCGAGCGUUGCGCGCAGCGGAGCUCGUGGGCUCAGCCCAGCGCGGUGCCCGCGGGGCGCGUGCCGCGGAGAUGAGGCAGCUCACUCCAGCAAUGGUUUUUUCAGCCGUUGAAGAACGACGGUUGACGAGCGUUGUUCGGCGGGGAAAGGCACCGCCGCAGGGCCAAUGUCGGUAAAAAGUGGAACCGCAAC